AUGACGGAUCCCAGAAGGAGAACAGGUCGUCAUUUCUUAACACCAGAGAAUUUAUCAUCUACAAUACAAAUUACAAACUUACCCCCAGAAUGGAAUCAAGACAUAAUUACCUCGGUGGUGGCAGGUUCUGGUCCAGUCAUAGAUAUAAAACCCAAAAAUGACCCGAGAACUGGAAAAUUAACUGGUGUGCUGUUCGAUUAUUUGACUAGUAAAGAAUGUAAACGCGCUUGGGAAAUUUUAAAUAGAAUUGAAAAUUUUCCCGUAAAGAUAGAACAAAUAAUACCAUCAAAUUUUAAAGAUCAUCUUAAAGAAGCAGCAAAUAAAAAUCCUCAAAAGCAAGUGUUGCAACUUAAUAGAGAUUCUUUUCCCUUCGAGGCGGGAUUAGAGUUGCCCUUCGAAAUGGUAACAGAAGUUCCUAUCCCUAGGCGACCACCCCCACCACAGGCUUUGAAUAAUGUUAAUUCCGCAUCGAAUAACGCAAAUAUUCAAUUCCCUGACAUACUAAGUAAAGCAUCCAAACACUUGCCAAUUUUCCAAGAUGGCUCCAUUAUUGCUCCAGACAAAAUUUCACAAAAUUUGAGUAAGAUUCCGCCGUUGCAACUUAUUGAAAUUAUAUCGAAUUUGAAAAUCCUAUCAAAUCAAGAGAAUAUUCAAAAAUCACAGUUAGAAACCUUCUUGAAUACUAACAGUGAUAUCACAAUCUCCGUGACGCAGGCCCUGCUAGAAAUGGGGUUUAUAGACUACAGCGUGGUAACGAAAGUGUUAAAGUCCCAAACCAGUGAGGCACCAUCAAUGCUUUCGAGUAACAGUACAAGUAACUCGAACACCCCGAUGGGUGGAAUUAGAAACAACACUCCUCUGCAUGUUCCGUCGAAUGAUGUCAAUAACAAUCUCAACAAUAUGCCAGUGAACGUAACUAUGCCGAUGCCUAUGUCAACGUCACCAUUUAUUCCUCCACCUUUACAACAACAGCCAUUUGGAUUUGUGCCACCGGGAUCCUUCAUGCCUCCUGCUCAAGCUCCUUCUAUGAGACAGUCAGCAUUGAUGAACCAACCUAGUCAGAUACAACAACCGGACCUAAGCACUACAGAAGCUCCCUCCCAUGGAAGUAAAGGCGGUAGUGGAGGCACCAUCAAUAUCGCGAAACUACAGCUGCUGCCUGAAAAUCAGCAAGACAUGAUCAAGCAGGUUCUUACUUUGACACCUGUCCAGAUUCAAAGUUUGCCAAGUGACCAGCAACUUAUGGUGGAAAACUUCAGAAAAGAAUAUAUAAUUUAA